GAAUAACUGUUAAGACCAGAAACCACUGAAAAGACACUGCAAUUUAGUGAGAGUUAGUUUUAAAGUACAGUACGUAUGAAUACCAAAACUUGGAUUAUUGUGAAUAACGAAACAGUGGCUAUCCUAACGUGCGAGUAUUUCUUGGAACAACGAAAGCUCUGUUCUUGACUCACGGUUACGAAACGCUCAUUAUAAAUUUGAGAAGCGACGUCAUGAAUGCGUGUUUUCACCGCACAUUAACGCGAUCUCAAAUGCGUUCAGCCUUGCACUUUCAAAACUGACUAUACAUACUUCAGUUUCAUACCAGAGAUACAUUCAAUUGACACAGAUUUCUUUUUUUCAGAGUGAUUUUUCUGAUUCUGAGUGAUUCUGCAUCCUAAUCAACAAUGAGCUACGGUUAUCAAGGACCUCCAGUGAUGCCCUUCCCAGGCCAAAAGCCUCCGACUUCGUUCGGAGUUCCACCAGGUGCUCCAAGUGCCCCCGGGGUGUCACCUUACCCAACGAACGUUGGUGUAGGAUUCAAUCUCCCUCCAGCCCCUACAUCCUUUGGAAUGCCACAGCCUUACUCUCCGUAUUCUCCUGCUCCUUAUCCUUCCAGUCAACCACCUUACGGUGGUCAGCAGCAGACAAAUUCACGACCUCAAUCAUACAAUCAAAUGCCGCAAAAUGCUCCUCCCGGUUCCUAUUCUCAGUUGCCAAAUUCUGGCGCCUAUCCAACUCUUCAGAAUCAGAGUGCUUAUCCGGCUACUAAUCCUUCUUUCAGCUCCAAUGCUCCUUACCCAUCACAGCCAAGCCGCUCUGCUCCUUCUUCACAAACUCCAAAUCCAUAUCAGAGUCAUUCCAAUCCUUAUCAUCAGACAGCAGCCAUUGCUUCAUAUCCUGGUAGUGCAGGUCCUUAUCCUCAGAGCACGAAUUCUUGUCCAAACAGCGCUAAUCCAUAUCCUCAACAUACAAGUCCGUAUCCCAGUGUGUGUAAUCCCCGGGGGCAAGGUAUGGGGGCGGCCUAUAAUCAACACGUUAAUGUAACGACCUCUUUGCCGCCCCGGCAUGCAGCCUCGGCCCCCGGGAGAGCACAGUGGAAUACAAAGCCAUCCCCAACAGUCGUUCCCUACAAUGGAUUCGAUGCACGCGCGGAUGCAGAGGCGUUGAGAAAGGCGAUGAAAGGAUGGGGAACCGAUGAAAAAACCAUCAUCGAGAUACUAGCAAAUCGUACCAAUCUACAGCGGCAAGAAAUCGCUUCACAGUUUAAAACUCUCUAUGGAAAGGAGCUUAUCAAAGAUUUGAAGUCAGAACUAACUGGUAACUUCGAGAACCUUGUUGUAGCUAUGAUGAUCCCACUACCACAAUAUUAUGCUAAGGAACUACACGAUGCUAUGUCUGGUAUCGGUACUGACGAAUGUGUUCUCAUCGAGAUUCUCUGCACAAUGUCCAACAACGAAAUUCGCGUCAUUAAACAGGCUUACCAAUCCAUGUAUGGGAGAACCUUGGAAAACGAUCUCAAAGGAGAUACUUCCGGCAGUUUCAAGCGCCUCAUGGUCUCCCUGUGCUGUGCUAAUCGUGACGAAUCAUUUGACGUGAAUCCAGCAGCAGCUCAAGAAGAUGCUCGCGAACUUCUCAGGGCUGGAGAGUUACGUUUCGGAACUGAUGAAUCUACUUUCAAUCAAAUUUUGGUCCAAAGAAACAUUGCACAGUUGCAGCAAAUAUUCACAGCGUAUGAGGGUAUAACUGGACAUGGAAUUGAAAAGGCCAUCGAAAAUGAAUUUUCUGGAGAUAUCAAAAAAGGCCUUCUUGCUAUUAUAAAAUGUGUGAAGAAUCGGCCUGGAUUCUUUGCUGAGCAAUUGUACAAGAGUAUGAAGGGACUUGGAACUGAUGAUAGACGACUCAUUCGACUAGUCGUAACUCGCUCCGAAAUUGACAUGCGUGAGAUCAAGCAAGCAUUUGUUCAACAGUAUAACGAAUCUCUGGAAAGUUUUAUAUCGGGUGACUGUUCGGGCGACUACAAGAAAUGUCUCCUUGCUCUGAUUUCUUAAAACUCUGAAUUGACUUGUCGAAAAAAUCUGUAUUUCACAUGUAACUAUAUUAUUUUAGUAUCUGAUCUGAUCUUUAAUAUCAUGCAUUUACAGUAAAGAAGUGCAACUUCGAGCUGUCAAUAAUAUUGUAGUUUCGUCAUUUUUGUUUUUCAAAUUGGCUGUUUUGUGUAACGAAUUUCUUAAAUUUGACUGGCCACUCGCGUAAUUUAC